CCAGUAGUGGAUUUUCAACUCUUCCUUCGACGAAGAUGGCUCAGCUGAGUUCCGGUAUCUCUCUUGGGCUUGCAGUUGUGCUGCUGUCGCUGGUCUCGUCUUUGCAAGCUCCUCCUGCUCGACUGGAUCAUCGGAACUCUGCCUUCGGUUCUAUCACCAGGCGGACACUGCUGGAAUGCCGCGAUCCAAAUCCGUAUCUCAACUUCACGCUUGACACCGCAGGGCCGCUUGCGAAUGUUCAAACAGUGGUGGCGACCGUGAGUGGUGUUCUUCAGCCGAGUGCCAGCGAUUGGAUUGGAGUAUUCUCGUCCGCAACUCACAACUACUCUGAUUGCCCCGCCAAGGCAGUCUUAUAUUCUCAAACAGGUGAUAUAGCCAGCUUGCCUUUGCUGUGUGACUAUCCUCUAAAGUUCAAAUUCUUGUCUAGUGAUCCUGGAUACUUGAUCUGCUCAAACAAGACUUGUGCUGGCAAGCAGUGUGCCGUGAAGACGUGCUCUGGAUCUGUAUCUUUCCGUCUUAUCAACAUAAGGACCGACGUCACCUUUGUGCUCUUCAGUGGGGGCCUUGCAGUCCCCUGCAUUCUCAAGGUGUCGCAGACUCUACCCUUUGCAGCGCCAAAUUUUCCACUGUAUGGCCAUCUUUCUCUCGAGGAUUCCUCGGGCACAUCUAUGGUAUUGGCGUGGGUCAGCAGGUCCUUCGAUAUCCACUACGUGGAGUUUGAUCACGGCCGGAAAUCCAUGGAUGAAGUGACAAGUUUUCAAAUAGGAGAUUUGUGUGAUGCUGUCCCGGGACCAGCUAAGGACUUCGGUUGGCACGACCCUGGUUUCAUACACAUUGCGCGAAUGCAAAAUCUUAGGCCUGGUACAAGAUACUCGUAUCGGUAUGGAAGCGAUAAUUCUGGCUGGUCCAACUUGAAAACGUUCACUACUCCUCCGGCUGGAGGAGCAUACGGUACGAAGUUUCUAAUCUUUGGAGACAUGGGAAAGGCCGAACGAGAUGGCAGCUUGGAGCAUUACAUUCAACCUGGAGCACUGCAAGUUAUUGAUGCCAUGGCAAAUGAGGCCGUAGAUGCGAUUUUCCACAUUGGAGACUUGAGCUAUGCUACCGGAUUCCUUGCAGAAUGGGACCAUUUCCUGGAGAUGAUCGAGCCAGUAGCAUCGAAGACUGCCUACAUGACAGCAAUUGGAAACCACGAGAGAGAUUAUCCAGGCUCGGGAUCCAUGUAUAGCACUCCAGACUCGGGUGGCGAGUGUGGGGUCCCAUAUCGAUCUUACUUCCGGAUGCCUGUCCAAGACAUCGACAAGCCGUGGUACUCAAUCGCCAUUGGUCCCGUGCAUUUCACAGUCAUCUCCACAGAACAUGACUGGAGCUCGACCAGCGAACAAUACGCUUGGAUGAAAUCCGACCUUGAAUCUGUCGACAGAUUCAGUACACCAUGGAUAGUUUUCACAGGUCAUCGACCUAUGUACUCCACUCAACUGCCGGGAAUUAUUUCUAAACUUCUACCAGGUGUGGAUCCGAAAUUUGUAGCAGCUGUGGAACCAUUGCUCUUGAGAAACAAGGUUGAUUUAGCAGUGUGGGGACAUGUUCACAACUAUGAGCGAACUUGUGCUGUGUUUCAGGGCCGCUGCCUGCAGCACCCGAUCAAGGAUUUAGCGGGCGUUGAUUUCUUUGACACUACAAUUUACUCGGCUCCAGUUCACGCCGUGGUUGGCAUGGCCGGAUUCAGCCUGGAUGACUUCCCUCGUAAUUUUAGUUCAUGGAGCUUGAUUCGAAGGUCGGCAUUUGGAUAUGCAAGAGUGACAGCCGAUAAGACAAAGCUACUCUUUGAGUACAUUACAACGGACGGAACAGUAGCUGACCGGUUUAAAAUUGCCAAGCUAGACUGGGGAUUUUCCAGGCCGUGAACGAUUUCAAGCCUUACAAGUUCAAUCCAGUUGGCUUCUAGAGCUUGCUGAUUUGCUUGACGCUGCCAAAGGCUCUUGCUUUGCUGCGCAGCACCUGUUUCUGGAUCUUGCCAGUCGCAGUUUUGUCCAAGGCCGCGAGAAUGACGACGCUCUUUGGCACCA